GAGGGAGGACAGAGAGCCGCAGCCCCCGCUUGGCUCCAUUCCCUUCGGCGAAGGCGAGGCGAGCGGGCGCGCCUUCCCUUCCUUCCUUCCUUCCUCCCUCAGCAUGGCUCGGGCUGCUUGAGCCGCUUCGGAGGAGGGAAGAUGCUGCUGGGAAGGCAGACCCCGCCGCCGCCGCCGCCUCCUCCUCCUUCUUCGCAGCCGCGGCUGUCCGGCUGGGACCGGGGCCGGGUCAGCGAGAGACUGCAAGCCGCCUUGGCCGGCCUCCAGGAGCUGCAGGUGCUGCGGGAGAAGCAGCGGGCGCGGGUCCGGGCGGCCUUGGCCAUGCGGCCCGAGGAGAGCAAGGAGCAGCGCCUGGAAGCCACCCUCACCGCCCUCAAGGAGCAGCUGUCACGUCUGAGGAGGCAAGAUGUUGGACUGAAAAGCCAUUUGGAUCAGCUGGACCAACAAAUUAGUGAACUGAAGCUGGAUGUAGGCAAGACAUCCAUUGAGUAUCUUGACAGUGACAGCAGACCUAGUUCAGGUUUUUAUGAACUCAGUGAUGCUGGCUCCUGUUCUUUAUCCAAUUCAUGUACAUCAGUCUUCAGUGAAUCCAUCUCUUCCUCCCAUGCCAGUCUAUUGACAAAUCCUUCUCAGCAUCCCAAAACUCGUCUCAGCAUCAUUGAUUACCGUCCCAAAUCUGCAGAUGAAACCACAGUACACAACCAGUUCCAACAGCAGGGAGCCUAUACUAACGAUGGAUGCCGAAUCAAAGCUUGCCCUGAUGUUUUAGGAUCUCCUACCAAGUCCAGGCCAAGACCUGUUUCUACAGGUGACCUUGAAAAACUUACCAUUGGAGAUGGGGGAUUUCCAAAAGCAACUGACCCCAAAUUUGCUCAUCUGCUUUGUCCAGGAGAAGAUAAUCAGAUCUAUUCUGUGGACCCUAAAUACCAGAGUGACCUGAUCUCUAAGAGUGGGAAUGAUGUGUAUAUUUACCCCAGCCCCCUUCAUGCUGUGGCUUUACAGAGUCCCCUUUUUUCCCUGAUGGGGCCACCAUCUGAAACUGAAGGCUAUCUGUUGGCUAACAAAGUUGCACCUAAUGCUGUUGGGCCCAGUUUGAUUAGGACUCGACCAGCCAGAGAGUCCAGGCCAGGGGGUUACAUCAACAAACUGCUUCAGCUGACACGCUGCAGAGGAAACAAUCAGGCGGACGCCAGUGAGAGGUGUCCAACAAAGAGCCAGCCAUUCACAAUGCUCCAGAGACUCAUUAUAAUCCCCAGUGCCGGUGGAGUGAAAAUUAACAGCAGUGGCAGCCAGCUGGAAAAACAAGAGAGCUCACCACAUAGAAACAAAGCAGAGAGGAAACUGCAGAGGGAGAUGCCUGAGGGGGAAUGUGCCAAACAGCAGGAGACUCUGGACUGUGUGAAUGUAGAGCAGACAGCCACCAUGGGUCAUGCCGAGUCUUCCUUGGCUGUGAAUACUUCUCAAUCUGCCAAGUCAUCUGUGAGGGACUCUCCCGUGACAGAAAUUGUGGAAAGCAGCCUGGAACGUAGCUCUUCCAGCUCCCAGCUCGGAACAGAGGAUUCUGGCUUGAGCCCCACCAACUCUCAUGUGACUCCAGCCAACAAAUCUCACAAGAAGUGUGUCAGUGCCAUAAAAGCAGGAGGUCACGAUCUCAUGCCUCAGGGAGGAUUUGUUCAUGCCAAGUUUGUCCCCGCAGAGUCCCAUCAAGUAAGGGUGAGAUUUGCUAACUCUAAAAUGAAGCCCGUGAAGGUAAAGAGGAGGAACAGUGAAAAGGCACCGAGGCCAGGAAAACAGACAUUUUAUUCAGAGAAACCAAGGGGGCUUCCCCACCCUGCUGCCAAACUGCCUGUGGAGUGGAGUCUGUCUCAGAGACAGGUGAGAGAAAGGAACCUCAUUCGGAGGCCUACCUUUUCUGGCGAAACUGCAGGUCGGUCUUGCUCAGAGUCCAGCCUAUACCCUGUGCCAUUCAGGCUUCCCCAAGGACCCUCUGGGCCUGGACUGUACCAGACCUCUGCCAAUACCAUGUAUUCUCUUGAAGCAGCUUAUAUAGAUGCAGCUACCAAGAAAAAGCACCGCAAAUGGCAGUCCACAGUGGAAAUCUCAGCUAAAGCCCAGGUUGCUAGUCUGUCUAGCAGCUUUGCCUUAGGUACACCAAGACCACAAGGAAGGAGAGCAGGAAUCAUGCGUGCUGUAACCAUGAGGGCACGUUCAAAGAGCCGCCACCCCUUUCGUCCUGGAACAUAUGCCAAAAGUGAGUCUGACCAUUCAGAGUACUCUGCUGAAUGUGCAUCCCUUUUCCACUCCACCAUUGCCGAGACCAGUGAGGGAGAGGUCAGUGACUAUACAGCCAACCGCUUUGGGGAUAGUGAGUCCAGUGAAAGUGACUCUGAAGGCAGCAGUCUGACUCUUGACUACGAGGAAGAGGAGAUAGAGGAGCAUGAACUGAUUUGGCCUGAUACUUCUGUCAGGCAUCCCACAUCUCCUCAGACUUCCUCCCAGCCGCUUCCAUCUGUGCCCAAACUUUGCCGCAUCAAAGCUUCAAAGGCCCUCAAGAAGAAGAUUAGGAGGUUUCAGCCGGCUUCUCUGAAAGUGAUGACUAUGGUUUAAAACUGAGAAUCAUCCUUAUUUUGUCAGCUGGCUGUGUCUCAGUUUGCAAAACAAAAGCAGAUGGAUACUUAAAAGGAUUUUGUUAAAUGAAAUGUAAUUAAACCUCCCCCGCCCCCAAGAUCUUAAGGCAGGGGUUUUGUUGUUGUUCAUUUGCAAACGCCUGUGUUAAUUACACUGUUACUAAUUUCCUUUUUCUAUUCUGUAAAUGUGUGUUUAUGUGGCUUUAUAUCUCCCAUCCUUCCCAUCCCAUACAUCUAGAUAUUAAGGGUUCAAAAGAUAUGUGUGCUACCGGUCUAAUGGAUAUUUUUGAGAAAUCAAUGUGCAUGGAAGAUUUCCAAGCUUGUGGGUGGGGGGAAGGUCAGUGAAAGUUUCUUGUUAAGGCUAAAUCUCCUCAUAUUCAGAGACACUACUUAUGUUCUCAGAUCUCCCUUCAAAAUUCAAAUUCUGUGUCCUUGUCACCCAUUAGUCAGCAUUACUCACUCAACAUAGACUUGGAAGUUUUUAUCAGCUUUCUUUGAGAAGUGUCAUUUAUUUGCAAAGGAGGUCUACAGGCAUCGAAAUGCAAACUCAUGGGAUUAAGUAUUUUUAAGCCUGACUGAUACCACUGUAAUCUUUUUAUAUUGAGAUGUUUGUGAUGUUGUUGUUGUUGUUUUUUGAGUAGGUGAACUGCAUUCCAGACAAUGCAUUGGCUGAGAACAGAGUAUCUCUGCUCAGAUUUUAUUGCAGGCUCAAUAAAUGUUAUGAUUAUGAACCCA